AUGGCCAGUGCGAUACCACGCAAGAUGGAGAACGCGGGUGGGCGAGAGUACAAGUACUUCACAGAGAUCUCGCAGAUGAUGUUCGUCUUCGGUGAGGUGCAGGAUCCCCUGCCGGAGACAGUGAACCUGGUGGAAGAUAUCGUCCGGAGUCAGAUUAUUGAGCUGAUUGUCCAAGCUCGGUUAGCGGCCGGGAAGCGUGGAGCACGCUACCUCUCCGCUGAGGACUUGAUAUUUCUCAUUCGGCAUGACAGAGCGAAGGUAAACAGACUACGGACAUACCUGUCAUGGAAGGACGUGCGGAAGCAUGCGAAGGAUUCUGGUGGCGAUGGGGCUGGGGCUGAAGUGGAUAUUAACCCGGAAGACGGUACGGAUGACAAGCUGGCCGCCAAAGCUCAGAAGAUUACCAUUAAGCUACCUUGGGAGAUAGCGACUAUGUUCUCGGACGUCCUACCUCCGGAUGAUGAGGAAGACGAGGAUGAUCUCGAAGCCCAUGAGGCUUCCUUAGCGCGACUGAAGGAAGCAGACGAGACGACAAAGCAGAUGACCCGGGAAGAGUACCAGCACUACUCUGACUGUCGACAAGCCUCCUUUACAUAUCGGAAAGCCAAACGUUUCAGGGAGUUCCUCAACCUCCCGCCCGCGCUGGACCUCAAAGCCAACGACGAUACCAUCGACAUCGUCGGCUUCCUCGCCUUUGAGAUGGUGCGCUCACUCACUCUAGCGGGUCUGGAGGUGAAGAAGUCUCUCGAGGAGUCGUACCUCUGCGAGGAUAUCUAUGCGAACUCGUCCCCUAUGCUCGGGAAGCGAAAGCAUCCAGGGGGACUCGGUGGCGACGCUAAGCGCAUGCGGAGGGAAGAGUCUGAAGAGGUCGAAGACUCGCCAUUGCCGGCAUGCUCACUCUUUGUUGCACCACAAGAGGCGCGGACAUCCCUACGUCCAGAGCAUAUUCAAGACGCCUUUACUCGUAUGCAGACUGACUGGGCACAUCGACGCUCAGCUGGCAUGAGGGAUUGGCGUGGAGGUCUCGUGCGAACCUCUGUCAGCCUCAUCUGA